UCCCACUCCACCCAAUUAAGGCGGACUUGAGGCGCUCUCCUACGUCUUCUUCAUCUUACCGGGGUCGACAACAGGAACCAAGAAGAAGAGAGAGGGGCUUUGGCCAAAAAAAAAAAAAAAAAAAAAAAGAAAAAAAAAAAGCCUCGGAGAGAUUGCCUUGCCUAAUUUCUCCCUCUCCAUCCUGCUACAGAACAAUGUCGAUGAGCCCUAAGCAUACGACUCCUUUUUCUGUUUCCGAUAUCUUGAGUCCCCUCGAAGAGAGCUAUAAGAAAGUAAGUAUGGACAACAACAACUUGGGGGCUCCUCUCGCGUCUUACCGGCAGCCGCAGGUCUCUCAAGCGGCGAUGCAGCACCAGCACAUGGGCCACAACGGAACCGUCUCUGCGGCCGCCUACCACAUGACAGCGGCCGGGGUCUCGCAGCUGUCGCACACCGCUAUGGGAGGCUACUGCAACGGGAACCUGGGGAACAUGAGCGAGCUGCCGCCGUACCAGGACGGGAUGAGGGGCAGCGCCACGGCUACGGGAUGGUACGGGGCCAAUCCGGAUCCGCGCUUCUCCACAAUCUCCCGCUUCAUGGGCUCCUCCUCGGGCAUGAACAUGGGCAGUAUGGGCAGUCUGAGCUCGCUGGCGGAGGUGGGCAAAGGCAUGGGGUCCCUGUCCAGCGCCCCGCGGAGGAAGAGGCGCGUGCUCUUCUCCCAGGCGCAGGUCUACGAGCUCGAGAGGCGAUUCAAACAACAGAAAUACCUGUCCGCCCCCGAGCGCGAGCACCUGGCCAGCAUGAUCCACCUGACGCCGACGCAGGUGAAGAUCUGGUUCCAGAAUCAUCGUUACAAGAUGAAGCGUCAGGCCAAAGACAAAGCGUCCCAGCAGCAGCUCCAGCAGGACGGAGGCUCGUGCCAGCAAACCCAGGGCUCCCAGCAGUCCCCGCGGAGAGUGGCCGUGCCCGUGCUCGUGAAGGACGGCAAACCGUGUCAGGGCAGCGGGCACGGGAACAACCCCACCGCCCAGAACCACCACCACGGACAACAGCAGAGCCAGAGCCAGCAGCAGCAGGGCGCGGUGAUGCUCAUGUCCAACGCGCUGGCGCAGCACCAGACGCAGCAGCAGGUCUCCAGUACGGGCCACUCUCCGGAUUUGUCCGGCUCGAGUCCGCCCGUGUCCGGCCUCUCGCACCUGAACUCCCCCGGGGCCGAGUACGCGCUGCUCUACGGCCGGACGUGGUGACAUCAAGAAUUACCCAGCCAAUCAUAAAUCACACAAACGAACUGCUAUUUAAAAGUACGAUGGACUCGUUGCAAGACUUGUGCAAAAAUGGAUUUUUAAACGACAGUAAACUCGGAGACGCUGCGAAAUACGGGAUGUGGAUUUAAAAUGGACACUGCGACAAACUGCGGAUUAUUUAUGUAAAUUAUAUUGAAAGACAGUAGGCCCCGCUGAGGACAGUAGGCCCCGCUGAGGACAAGUCUGCUGUGAAGCCAAACUGUGAUUUCUAUAGAUUUGAAUGUGACGCCCGUAGGUUUAGCUGUAAACUCCUGUCAAAGCCGCUCUUCUCUUCUCUUCUUCUCUGUUGUACAGCAGUUUGGACGCUCGUUUGCGCUAUGUUCAUUUGUCGUUUCAAUUGUAUUUGUACGUUUGGAUUUCUUUGUAACUUAUAUAGAUAUUUGACUAAAAAC